AUGUUCAAAUUCAAACAUCUGAGCUUCUUCUCCCACUCCAAACAUGAACGACUACGCCUCGCCUUCUCUGCUUCUUCAGCUGCUGUUUUCGAUGAAUUUUCCACACAACAACAACAAAUCUGCAAUGAUCGCCAUAACCAGAUGGACCAAAUGCUGCAACCCCAUAUUUUGCUCUGCUUGGACCCGAAAUUAUACGUCUCUUCUCUACUGGAUUGUAGAAAUCUCAUCCAAAUUAAGAAGAUUCAUGCCCACGCAACCAUCACGGGAAUGCUUCACAACCUUACUGUCGCAAACAAGCUUCUCUACAUGUACGCUCGGUUUAAGGCCCUAGAGGACGCUUCCACUUUUUUUGACGCCAUGCAAGAGCGGGAUUUAGUCUCCUGGAGCGUCAUGGUUGGCGGGUUCGCUAAAGCUGGCCUUUACCCUAAUUGUCUUGGGACUUUUAGAGAGAUUAUCCGCUCCGGUAUACUGCCCGAUAAUUUCAGUUUGCCCUUUGCAGUAAGGGCUUGUAGGGAUACUUCAGACCUUCAAACCGGCAGAAUGAUUCAUCACCUAGUUUAUAAAUCCGGGUUACAUUCGGAUCCUUUUGUCUCCGCUGCUCUUGUCGAUAUGUAUGCAAAAUGUGGGGUGAUUGAAGAUGCUCGACUCCUGUUCGAUAGAAUUCCCAAGAAAGACCUCGUUACUUGGACUGUCAUGAUCGACGCACAUGCCAAUUGUGGGAAUGCUGAAGAAUCCUUGGUUUUGUUUGAUCGAAUGAGAGAGGAAGGCAUUAUCCCAGACAAGGUCACAAUGGUCACCGUUGUCUUUGCAUGUGCUAAAUUAGGUGCAAUGCAUAAGGCUGAGCUUGUCCAUGAUUAUAUAUCAAGGAAUAAGUUUUCCUUGGAUGUGAUCUUGGGAACCGCAAUGAUUGAUAUGUAUGCCAAGUGUGGGAGUGUCAAUGCCGCGAGAAACAUAUUUGAUCACAUGAAGGAAAAGAAUGUCGUUUCCUGGAGUGCAAUGAUUGCAGCUUAUGGUUAUCACGGACAAGGUAAGAAAGCUCUUGAUAUGUUCCCCAUGAUGUUGCGUAGCGGAAUAUCACCAAAUCGGAUCACAUUUGUUUCCCUUUUGUAUGCAUGUAGUCACGCAGGAUUGGUUGAUGAGGGUCUCCGGUUCUUCUACUCAAUGUGGGAAGAUUAUUCUGUGAAACCUGAUGUGAAACACUAUACUUGCAUGGUUGAUCUCCUUGGCCGUGCAGGGAGGCUUGAUGAAGCCUUGGAACUGAUCAAGAAUAUGACUGUGGAAAAAGAUGAGGGCCUGUGGGGUGCAAUAUUAGGGGCUUGCAGAAUCCAUGGAAAUAUUGAAUUGGCAGGGAAGGCUGCAAAGUCCCUUCUUGAAUUUCAGUCCAGAAAUCCUGGUUAUUAUGUUCUGCUAUCAAACAUUUAUGCAAAUGCAGGAAGGUGGGAAGAUGUUGCCAAGGUGAGAGAAUUGAUGACCCAUAGGAGGCUGAAGAAAAUUCCAGGUUGGACAUGGAUUGAGGUGGGUAACAAGAGGUACCAGUUUAGCACAGGAGACAAGACUCAUCCACAGUCAGAUAAGAUCUAUGAGAUGUUGAAGAGCUUGACUAAGAAGCUGGAGCUGGCUGGUUAUGUCCCUAAUACAAAUUUUGUAUUGCAUGAUGUGGAUGAGGAACUUAAGAUAGGGAUCCUAAAUACCCAUAGUGAAAAGUUGGCAAUUGCAUUUGGUCUAAUCAGCAUACCUGAGAGAAUGCCAAUCAGGCUAAUAAAGAACCUUAGGGUCUGUGGUGACUGCCACACAUUUAGUAAGUUGGUAUCAGCAAUUGUUCAACGAGAGAUUAUUGUUCGAGAUGCUAAUCGAUUUCACCAUUUCAAGGAAGGAGUUUGUUCCUGUGGAGAUUAUUGGUAA